AUGGAUCAUUUUGAUGAUGGCCAUCAGCACGAUGGACAGGUGCAGUCUUAUGGGCAAAUGGCAACCGUUUUAUGUUGCGAGUGUGGUGUCCCAAUGGAUGGGUCUUCCGGUCUUGUGAUGUGUUACGAUUGUAUCAAGUUGAAGGUCGAUAUCACCGAGGGUAUUCCAAGAGAAGCAAACGUGUCGUUCUGUAGAAAUUGUGAAAGAUUCUUGGCCCCUCCUCAGCAGUGGAUCAAGGCCCAACUUGAAUCAAGAGAACUUUUAGCAUUAUGCUUAAGAAAACUAAAGGGGUUAAACAAAGUGAGAUUGAUCGAUGCUUCGUUUAUCUGGACGGAGCCACAUUCUCGUAGAAUCAGAGUUAAGGUCACUGUUCAAGGUGAAGCUAUGGCUAACACUAUUGUACAGCAAACGUUCGAGGUUGAGUACGUCGUCAUUGCUAUGCAAUGUCCAGACUGUGCCAAAUCUUAUACUACUAAUACCUGGAGAGCUACCGUUCAGAUCAGACAAAAGGUGCCGCACAAGAGAACGUUCUUGUAUUUGGAACAGUUGAUCUUGAAGCAUAACGCUCACGUUGACACCAUUUCCAUUCAAGAGUCCAAGGACGGGUUGGAUUUCUUUUAUGCACAAAAGAACCAUGCUGCCAAGAUGCUUGAUUUCCUUACAGCAGUCGCCCCAGUCAAGACUAGAAAGUCCGAAGAAUUGGUUUCUCAAGAUACCCAAUCUGGUAACUCACAAUAUAAAUUUUCCUUCUCAGUGGAAAUUGCCCCAAUCUGUAGAGAUGACUUGGUUGUUUUGCCUAAAAAAUUGGCUCAUUCUAUGGGUAACAUUCCAAGAUUGGUGUUAUGUUCCAAGAUCUCCAAUUCCAUUCAAUUUUUAGAUCCUAACACAUUACAGCACGCCGAUUUGCCAGCCGCUGUCUACUGGAGAGGCGCCUUCCCAUCUUUGUGUGAUGUUACCCAGUUGACUGAGUUUAUCGUCUUGGACGUUGAGCCAACUGGUGAUAUCAGAGGAAAGAGAGUGGGUGCUGACGUAACAGUCUGCAGAGCCCAAGAUAUGGGUGUCAACGAUCACUCUUUCUAUGUCAGAACGCAUUUGGGUGGUAUUUUGCAUCCUGGUGACAGUGUUAUGGGUUACUAUUUGGCCAAUUCCAACUUCAAUUCCGAUUUAUGGGACACCUUGGACACAGACAACACUCCAGAGGUAGUGUUAGUCAAGAAGCACUACGCCAGAAAGUCAAAGAAGGGUAAGUACAGAAAGUGGAAGUUGAAGAGAAUGGCCAGAGAACACAAUGAUAUCGUGGCCAAUGAUGAUUCUAGACAAGCUAGACAAGAACAAGAGAGAGCUGAAAGAGAUUAUGAAUUAUUCUUACAAGAGUUGGAAGAAGAUGAAGAGUUAAGACAAACUAUUAACUUAUAUAAGGCUGGUGAAGAGCCAGUCGCUAGGGACGCUGAUGAGGAUGAAAUGGAUGAUGAGGACGAGGAUGCUCCAGAGAUUGCCAUUAAUGAAUUAUUGGACGAAUUGGAUGAUAUGACAUUGGACGACCAGCCAGUGGAUGCCUAA